GGCGAGUGUAAUCAAAGGUAGUUCUGUCUCUGCUCGGUGCAGGAAUGUCAAAGUGGCUGGGUGAUGGCGAAGUGCUUGUGGGUCAAGGAAGCGGCGAGGCGGUACUGUCGAGCCCUAGACCGAGGGGCCGAUCUGCUGGGAGCCCCAGGCAGGGCCGGGGGUCCAGUCCGCUGGCUUCGCCCCGCGGUAGGGAGACUGCGCCGUUAAGUCCGACAGCAGAGAUCAUGGGCAAAGCCAAAGAGCUGUUUGUUCUGUGUGACAAAGAGCGGAAAGGAUUCAUCACAAAACGGGAUAUGCAGAGGCUACAGGGAGAGAUGCCAUUGUCCUCUGAACAGCUCGAAACAGUGUUUGAAAGUCUGGACAGAGAGAGCAACGGAUUCCUCACUCCUGCUGAGUUCAGCACCGGGCUCGCAGGUGAGCUGGUGGGGCUGGAGGGCAGCGCUGUGCUGAGCGCAGAGGAAGUGGAGGAGGAUGGGGGGGAGCUGGACCGCUCGCAGGAUCCCAACGCCGUCGCAUUUGUCAACGUACUCGUGGAGCUGGGCGCCGACAAACAUUUCAAAGAUCAACAGGAGCUCUGCUCUCUGUGGUGUGAGCUUCAGAGGGACAGGCCGGAGCUGCUCGGUGCCUUGGAGCGCGUCCUGGCCCACGCCGUUUCCCAUCUGCAGGACGCCAUCAGAGAAAGAGACAGUCUGGAACAAGCGCUACGCAGACGUGAGAGUGAACACGACCAGAUGGUGCGGUCUAUAUACGAGGAAAUGGAAAAUCAAAUCAGAGAGGAGCGAGAGAAAUGGCUGGUUCAGGACACGAUUAAGGAGAAGCAGCGAGGACGGCAACUUCAGAAAGAGCUGAAGCUGCGGGAGCAGGAGGUGGAGAGCAUGCUGAGUAAACAGAGAGAGCUCGAAACCAGGAUCCGACAGCUGAGCUGUGAGCAAGCUAACAUCAGGGAGCAGAACCAAAAGCUGCGGCUUCUCAAUAUGCAGCUGCAGGAGCAGGUGGAGAGCAGCAGAGAGCAGCUGCAGGCCGCGCUGAGCCAGCUCAGCACGCUGCAGAGCAGCGCUACACAGGAGCAAGUGUCCAGACAGAGACAUGUGGUUAAAGUGUCAAGCAACAUGAAGAAAGAGAAGGAUAGUCUUUUAAAACAGCUGGAGAUAUUAAGGGAUAUGAACAGGAAGCUGCGUGAUGAAAAAGAUGCCCAGCAGUCCCAGAGGAGGAGUCCAAAUGUUACAAAGCCUUUGCAGAAGAAAGGAUCAAUCAUAGGUAACUACUUACUGCCAGAUGAGCCCAUGACAAGACUGCUGAGCUCUUCUGAUGAUUCGGAGCUGGACACAAAGACAGACGCGACAGAGUCAUCCAAGACUCACCAACCGUCAUGUAGAGUCAGGGCUGAUUAUGUUGAACAGAAGCAAACUCAGAGCAAAACCGUCCUUCCUCAGCGGCUGUUCAAGGUGGUAUUUCUGGGUAGCGCGGGGGUCGGUAAGACCUCUUUCAUCCAGCAUUACUGCACAGGACGCUUCUGCAGCCAAAUGAGUUCCACCACUGGCAUAGAUUACCAGAUGAAGACUUUAACACUUAACGCCACCACUGUCACCCUGCAGCUCUGGGACACCGCCGGGCAGGAGAGGUAUCGCAGCAUCACUCAGCAAUACUACCGGAAGGCUGACGGCGUUCUUGCCAUGUAUGAUGUCACCCACCCCGCCUCCUUCAUCGCGGUGAGAGGAUGGAUGGAUUCUGUGAAGGAGAAGACGUGUGAAGGGACGGUGCUGAUGCUGGUGGGGAACAAGCUGGACCUCACGGACAGAAACAGAAGAAAAGUGUCGGCCAUAGAGGGCCAGCGGCUGGCGGAUCAGUACCAGGCUCUGUUUCACGAGUGCAGUGUAAAAACCGGCCACAACAUGGACGAGUUGAUGGAUCGUCUGGCUGGCAUGUUGGUUACCAAGCAUGAUCAACAGCUUGAGGAUGCGGUCCUACUGACCGAGAACGCUGCAGAACGGGGGUGUUGCACCUGCAUUAAAAAGUAGAGGACAGGCUGUCACUGAAAACUCCAGGCUGUGGUUCAACACCAGGACUCAUAAUUUACCAAUAAAAAAAAGAUUGUAAUUGUUCUGUGAACAACAUUAAUGAACGAAUUUCUGUCUGUUUCAUUAUUAUUUUUAUAAUAAAGAACAA